AUAAUACGAUACGGGUGCUGUAGACAAGUGCUUAUCAACCGAGUCAUUUCCGGUGAACGAUCGGGUACUGUACGCGUUGUCCAAUCACUAUAACCAGCCUUGUAUUCGAGUCCAAAGCCUAACAUCUUAUCCUCUUCCAAUUCCCUCACUCCUACGAGCGCUGUACCCGUGCCUCUACAGGUAGCCCAUCACUUGGUAGCUUCACAUCCUGGAUAGGAGUUACUGCCGAGGAGCCUAUUACCAUUCAAGAUCGAACCAUCCUGGGGGGUUGAUUCUAGGAGUCACCCACCACCCCGGUGUCGUACCGUACUGGCAUGGUAUCAUAUCGGGUUUAUUGGAUAAGUUAACAGCUUGGCGGGAAUGCGGAGCUUAUCGGCCCCCCGCAUAAACCGGGUGAGAGCUCAGCGAGGCAGCACCCUCAGCGAGGCUCGGCAGUCUUGGCGACAACCGAUUUCACUCAAUAUUAUGGUUCAAUUUAGCAAUGCGUGACAUUGACUUUACCAGAAGAUCCCCUUGUAACCAGCCCUCCUUUUUUUUUCUCGCUUCCUCUUUCUCGUGGUUAUUCUCCGGGCUCCAAUAGUGGAUCAGCAUAUGAGAAUCGUCUUGCCAAGUAUUCCCGUCGAGGGUUCGAGGUUUACUGUCCGCCCUUCUAGACCGCUCGCGCAUCGACCCAACUAUCUACGAACGAGCGUUCAUCGAACUGUUGGUUUGGCUAGGCUUCUCGUCCUUGAAGCCCUCCCUGAGCCUGAAACACGGGAUGCAUAUGUACGCCAGAGAAAGGAGGAGAUGGGACGCCCGAUGGACCCUUACGCCUCGCUCUGGAUGAACAAGAAUCGAGGCGACAAAAAGCAGGGAACGGAUGGGGAUCUUGCCGAAUGGAACUUUGAGGAUAUCUCGAAUUACGAGAAAUUCUCAAUUCCUUACGGGCCGGGCUACGACGCUAAGAAGUGAGCUCCCCUGAUAACUUGCGAUGGACAUCCAAUUAACAUGAGCUAGGAUUGAGAGGCUGUUUAUCAAGAGGGAUCUCCUAUUGAACGUGGAAUGGAACCCCCAGAAUACCCCCCCUCACCGCACCGUCCAUCCUCAUUGACACCCCGUAUUUCUUGGCGCUGUUAGGGGCGUGGUUGUGGACUGUUGCGGCUUCUGUCCAGAGCUAUUGAGUGAUGACGAGAAGAAGGUACAGGAGCAGGAGGACGUUAUGUAUAUUCGUGGAGACCUCGAGUUCCUCAAAGACGACCCUGGUAGGCAGGAGAUUGAUAGCUUUUACCCACGAACACUACGACCGAAUUCUACAGUACCAUCCUGA